ACCGUUCAUCCAGUGGAAUCUCUGUGGCUAGAUCCAGAAAUAGCAAGAUACACAGUACAUACAGCUGAGGACUUCAAUGCUACAACAAUGGAGGACUCUCUUCCUCUUAAUCUCUGUCAAGUCAAGAAAUCUUCUUUAGUUAUAAAUCGGUUGUACACUUCUCUUCAUAGCAUUGCUUUACUGGCCUUGAUAUUCUACAGAACUUCAACCCUCCUGGAAAUAACAAAAACUGGCAAUAAAUCGAUGCCAUUUGUACUAUUUUAUGUUUUAGUCUUUGCUUCUGAGCUGAUACUGUCUUUCAUUUGGCUGCUCAAUCAAGCGUAUUUAUGGAGGCCGGUUUAUCGAACUGUCUUCCCGGAAAGAUUGCCGGAGGAUGAUAAGCUUCCGGCUAUCGACGUGUUUAUAUGCACAGCGGAUCCAACUAGAGAGCCCAGCGUGCAAGUGAUGAAUACUGUCAUCUCAGCAAUGGCUCUGGAUUAUCCAGCAAAUAAGCUCCAUGUUUAUCUUUCAGAUGAUGGAGGGUCACCUGUGACUCUUGGUGCCAUGAGGGAAGCUUGGAAUUUUGCACGUUUUUGGCUUCCGUUUUGCAGAAAAUACGGGAUCCAAACUAGCAGCCCAGAAGCUUAUUUUUCGGUAGCAGGGGAUGGAAAUGUUAGCAGCAAAGAAUUCACAGCUGAAAAGGAGAAAAUUAAGGAAGAAUAUGACGUUUUCAAGGAACGAGUGAACAAGAUUAAAGAAAACGCCACUACCAUUAUUAGCAAGAAUCAUCCUUCAAUUAUUGAGGUAAUCAGGCGUCCAGCUGAUAAUGGAAGGGAACCAGACAAAGCAGAAAUGCCUCUUCUUGUAUAUGUAUCUCGUGAAAAAAGGCCUUCUCAACCUCAUAAUUUCAAAGCUGGAGCCCUCAACGUGCUUCUUCGAGUCUCCGGAUUGCUCAGCAAUUCUCCACACAUACUAGCUUUGGAUUGUGACAUGUACUGCAAUGAUCCAGCCUCAGCCCGGCAAGCUAUGUGUUUUCAUCUGGACUCUGAAAUAUCUCCUAAGCUAGCAUUCGUUCAGUUCCCACAUAACUUCCACAAUAUCAGCGACAAUGAUAUCUAUGAUAGUCAGCUCAGAACAUUUUUUACGAACCAGUGGUAUGGGAUGGAUGGAAUUACAGGACCAAUAAAUUGUGGCACAUGUUUUUACAUAACCAGAGAAGCACUUUGUGAAACUUCUGGCAGCAUCCAAGAGGAUACUAAUGUUGGUCAGCUUCGAAAAAUUUUUGGUCCAUCUAACGAGUUCAUCAAAUCCCUUAAUCGAAAGAUUAAGUCCAAUAUCAUCAAGGAUGAAGCACGUUUCUCCAGUGCAUUGCUGCAAGAAUCCCAAUGUUUAGCUUCUCUUAGCUAUGAAAGGGACACGCAAUGGGGGAAAGAGGUAGGCUUCAGAUACUUUUCUGUGGUGGAAGACUACUUCACUGGUUUCUUGUUGCAUUGCAAGGGAUGGAAUUCUGUCUAUUACAAUCCACAAAGACCUCCAUUCUUGGGUACAGCUAGUACAAAUUUGGGUGAAAUGUUGGUUCAAAACACGCGAUGGACCGCUGGUUUGAUUGAAGUGGCUAUCUCAAAGUAUUCUCCAAUUAUUUAUGGUCCAUCAAGAAUGCCAAUACUCGCCUGCAUGUGUUAUGCACAACUCGCAUAUUAUCCCUUCGGUUUCAUACCAUUUUGGUGUUUAUCUAUCAUUCCCCAGCUGUGUCUCGCCCAAGGCAUUCCACUCUAUCCAGAGAUAUCAAAUCCAUUUUUCAUGGUAUUCGUUUAUCUGUUUCUGUCAUCAAAUUUGAAGCACAUACAAGAGGCACUCUCUGCUGGACAUUCCAUCAGGACGUGGAUGCAUGAGCAGAGAAUGUGGAUGAUAAAGUCAGUCACAUGUUACUUCUACGGAAGUUUGAAUGGGAUUAUGGAGAAAAUUGGCAUGAGAGAAGCCAGUUUCUUGCCGACAGAUAAGGCGGAGGAUGAAGGACGAACUAAGCUAUACAAAUCAGGCAUGUUCGAUUUUCGAGCACCAGGAAUGUUUAUCAUUCCAAUGUGUACGUUGGUCAUUCUAAAUAUUGUUUCCCUGCUCAUUGGAGCUGUGAAGAUUAUCCACACUAGAAAUUACGGUGAGAUAUUUAUUCAGGCUUUCAUCUCAUUUUUCAUCAUAGUAGUGCAAUACCCUGUCAUAGAAGGGAUCUUCUUCAGGAAGGAUUAUGGUCGGAUUCCCAAAUCUGCAUCUCUGUUAUCAACCAUGCUAGCAGGAAUAAUUCUUUCCUUAGGAUCCCUUGUCCUCAUUUACUAAUUAAGUUUCACAAUCUGCUACAAAUCUUUCUGUAGUUGUUUCUAAUAUAUUGAGAAAUUGCCUCUAUUUAUUUAUUCAAAAAUUUGUUAUGGUAAA